GUUUUGUCCAUGCGCCACUGGGCGAGUCUCCGCUUCAGCCGCCUGCUCUGCUGAUCCGUAGCCCUCUUUUUCCUCGCAAAAGGAGGGUAAGAGAAUUGGGUUCGGGUGGAGGGCCGCCAUUAUUGGAAGCUGAAAACCACUUUCACACAUAUGCAGCCUUUCACUUUAAUUGCACGUUUUAUGCAGCAGAUGUCAAUGCUCGUGUCAUCAGACAACGAACCCAAACUCGCCAACUGACGGCUGUCAAGCCGGGCUUUGUGCAGACCGCUUAAGUGAUUUUUAUCAGCGUAAUAUGGACACAACAAAGGACAUAAUAAUUGGUCAAAAGCAACGUGGUAAGGCCGGAGGAAGGCAGUGAAUCAGGCGCAUGUCUCUACGCCCAGAUUUUCUCUGUACACGGGAGAAAAUGAAUGCAUUGGUUCCGGGAGGAGUUUGAUGGUUUUUCUUUUUUAAGCAAUCGCAUGGAACGAACGUAGGCUGUAACUGGGAAACAACCAUCGGCUACAUGGAUAUUUUAAUUUAUGCUUCACAAGCAGACAUAAAGGAACGCACGUAUUUGGUCUUGUUUGGAUUUUUAAACCACCAACAUCCAAUUUUAACAGAAAACAUUGGAACCGGCAGAACAUGCCGUCACUACAGUCCUAAAUAGGGGUGAGAUUGGAGGAAAGGGUGAAUGCAAUGGGUGUGAUCUGACCUAACCAGGUUUACCUGACUGCACCACAGCGCUGCUUGUAGAAGGAGAUGGAUUAUACUGAGGAAAGCUCUCAUACUGACAUCUAAUUUCUCAGCCACUGCCCUCUCUGCCGUGCCGUGAAUCCCUUCAUCAUCUCAGUUUCCCUUUGAAUAUGGGCAAAAAGCACGCAGCUCCAGUGUCCUCAAAUUAAGUCAAGACUCGGCUCAGGGCGAAGGAGAAGCCUGGGGCCAAUGUAAUUCCAUCAAAGCACUACUUGCAUGAACACUGUAUGGGCACCUGUCAUAGUGUCCUCCAUUGUCAAGCUUCGGGGCAAGGCAGGAUGUGUUCCUGCAAACGAUGAUGAUGGCAAAAAAGCAAGACGCCCGCGUGCCCAUUUACACCCUUGUGGUGGUGGGCCUGUCAGGGACUGAGAAGGAGAAAGGCCAGUGUGGAGUGGGGAAGUCCUGCCUGUGCAACCGUUUCGUCCGGCCGAGCGCAGACGACUUCCAUCUGGAUCACACAUCAGUCCUGAGCACCAGCGAUUUCGGUGGCAGGGUCGUCAACAAUGACCACUUCCUAUUCUGGGGCGAGGUGGGGCGUGUGGUGGAGGAGGGCUCAGAUUGCCGGAUGCACGUGGUUGAGCAGACAGAGUUCAUUGAUGACCAGACAUUUCAGCCACACCGGAGCACCGCCUUGCAGCCAUACAUUAAGAGAGCUGCCUCCACCAAGCUGGCCUCUGCCGAGAAACUCAUGUAUUUCUGUACCGAUCAGCUGGGGCUCGAGCAGGACUUUGAACAGAAACAGAUGCCUGAGGGGAAAUUGCAGGUCGACGGCUUCCUGCUCUGUGUGGAUGUGAGCCGUGGGAUGAAUCGCAGCUUUGAUGACCAGAUGAAGUUUGUAACAAACCUGUACAACCACCUGGGAAAAACAAAAAAACCCAUUGUGCUGGUUCUAACUAAAUGUGACGAAGGCGUUGAGCGCUAUAUCAAAGACUCGCACACCUUUGCUAUUACUAAAAAGAACUUGCCCGUCGUGGAGACAUCAGCUCGUUCUAAUGUCAAUGUUGAUCUAGCUUUCCUCACACUGAUCCAGCUCAUUGAUAAAAGCAAGGGCAAGCCCAAGAUCAUCCCUUAUUUCGAGGCGCUUAAGCAUCAGAGCCAGCUCAUCGCCUCUGCUAAGGACCGAUAUGAAUGGUUAGUCAAUCACAUUGUGAAGAAUCACAAUGAGACCUGGCCCAACAUCAGCCGACGCAUGCAAACAUCCCCCGAGUACAAGGAAUACGUGUUUUUGGAAGGCACAGCCAAAGCUAAAAAGCUAUUCCAGCAGCACGUACACCGACUCAAGCAAGAGCACACAGAGAGACGCCGCAAGGGAUACAUUAGCACUCUGCCUCUCGCCCUCAGCUCCUUAGUUUCCGAGCUAGAUGAAAUAGAGCAUUUAAGCUGGUCAGGCGUGCAGAAGGUUCUGGAAUCUAAAAAGGACUUCGACCACUGGUUCGUGGUGCUGGAAGAUGCACCCUGGGAAGAAACACCACACCUGGACAACAUGGAGGACGAGCGCAUACCCUUCGACGUGUUGGACACAACGGCUGCUGAGAUCAUAUUCGACGCCCACCUUGAGCACCUGCGCAAUGAGUGCAGGCGGGCAGAAAUACGGAAGGAGUUUAAAGCCAAGCUGAUGUCCUCUCCAUUUGUAACGCCUGGCAAGCCCUGGGAGGAGGCUCGGAGCUUCAUCAUGAAUGAAGACUUCUACCAAUGGCUGGAAGAGCCGGAGUAUCUGGACAUCUACAACAGACAUCAAAAGGCGAUCAUAGACAAGGCGAAAGAGGAUUUCCAGGAACUGCUGCUUGAGUAUUCAGAGCUUUUCUAUGAAUUAGAAGUGGAUGCGAAACCAAGCAAAGAGAAGAUGGGUGCCAUUCAAGAGGUCCUUGGAGAGGAGCAGCGUUUCAAGGCCUUGCAGAAGCUGCAGGCAGAAAGGGAUGCUUUGGUGCUGAAACACAUCCAUUUUGUCUAUCACCCAACAAAGGAGACUUGCCCUAGCUGCCCCAACUGUGUUGACAGCAAGAUUGAACAAACACUGGCCUCAUGUUUCCCAGCUCGUUAUCCAUCCUUUUCAAAAACGCACCUUAGUGAUAGCAAGGCAGACAGAUUAAAUUUAGUGAUCUUAGGCAAAGAUGGUCUGGCUAGAGAAAUGGCUAAUGAGAUUCGAGCAUUGUGUACCAACGAUGAUCGGUACGUGCUAGAUGGAAAGCUGUAUGAAUUAGUGUUGCGACCCAUCGAAGGAAAUGUUAGACUUCCUGUUAACUCUUUCCACACAACAACAUUCACCCCUCAUGGCUGCUUGUGUUUGUAUAAUUCAAAAGAGUCCCUGACAUACGUUGUAGAAAGUCUUGACAAAUUGCGAGAAUCUACUCUUGGCCGCAGGGACAACCACUUAUCUCAGCUUCCUUUGUCCUUACUCCUGGUAACCAAAAGAGGUGUUGGCACAUUUGGGGAUAUUGGUGCUGAGACUGCCCAAACACUAAUAGCACAGGGACACGGGGUGGCGGGAAAACUACAAUGCAGCUUCUUGGAUCCGGCAUCCCCUGGUACAGGCUAUGGGCGUAAUGUCAACGAGCGACAAAUCAACCAGGUCUUGAAGGUCCUCCUUGAUGCCAGGAGGAGUGCAGGUUUUCGUAGCAGUUCCCCUCCUCCCCCACCUCUGCCUCCUACCAUUAGAGACCUACAGCCUGAGCCUAGCCCAGAGGCAGAUUUCCGCAUUAUCAUGUGCCUAAUGUGUGGUGACCCGUACGACGUUGAUCAGCUCCUCUCGCCUUUCUUGCUGCCGCAGCACUGUAGGCCAACCUCCAACCAAGCCAGCGACACGUCCGUGCUUCUGGAGCAGACGGUGGGGGGUCACCGGCAGACGAUCGAGCUCUCCCUGCUCUCCUACCACGCCACCUUCUCAAUGCGCAAGACCAAGCUGGUGCACGGCCUCGUCGCCGUGUACUCUGCUCGCCGUAAGGCCUCCCUGGAGACGCUGUGUGCCUUCCUGUGUGAAGUGCAGGACAUUAUCCCUGUUCAGCUUCUGGCGGUGGGAGAGAGCCAGGCGGAGCUGACCGAUUCAGAAUCUGCCCGUGAGCUUCUGAAUCAGGGCGAAGAGCUGGCCCAUGAAAUUGAAGGCCGUUUCAGCAGGAUAGUGUGUGGUGGUGGAGGUGGGGUCAUAGGUGGGCUCCACAGGCUAGACCUCCUUCAGCCGUUCUUCAUGGAGGUCAUGGAGAAGCGGUCCGUUGUUGAGGCCACGCACAUGUACGACAAUGCUCCGGAGGCGGGCAUCACCAAUGAGAAUGUGUACUCCCCCCGCUGUGGCUCCCCCAGUCCUGUCACCAUGAUACUGGACUCGGAGGAGGAUAUGGAGGCCUCUCCACCCUACCAUGAUGGCACACUAACCUCUCACGGGGGUUUUAAGAUGCCGGAUCUUGACUCGGGCGAUGCAUUCUCCGUCAUCUCCGACCUCAGCACAUUCGAGAGCAAGCUCAACCACAAGGUGGUCGCCCAGGUGCGCCCGAAACCCAGUGUCACGUUUGAUCUGCGGAAGAGUUUCAACCCGUACAUGGACCAGAUGACCCAUCGGCGCUCUCUCACGUCCUCGGUUAACUGGCCCCCUGGCGGAGAGGGGAUUUACGACCCUUCUGAUUAUGCCGAGCCUAUGGACGCUCUUUCAAAGCCUCGCGUGACCCACGAGGAGAACAUUUACUCUGUGCCGCAUGACAGCACACAGGGCAAGAUCAUCACCAUACGGAAUGCCAACAAGAUGCACUCCAAUGGCGGAGGUAAUGGCUCGGACAGUGAGGCGGAGAGCAGCUCCUUGGAGCGACGCCGGAAGCUCUCAGCGGCCGGGGUGAAGCCUCGACUCUAUCGCGAUCGAUCCAAGCGCCUCGGGAAGUUCAGCAGCUUCCGGACCAGCUUCUCUAUCGGCAGUGACGAUGAGCUGGGGGUCCUGCCCAAGACCAAAGAGGAUGAGGUGGGGCCUCUGAAAGGGGAUAAUUCACUAAAUGAAGAAGGGGAAGAUCCCAAGAAGAGGAACAUCCUACGAAGCCUACGAAGGCCUGGCAAGAAACCAAGACCAAAGCCUCGGCAGUCAAUUACAAAGCCAAUCGAGAAUACCUAUUUCGGGAUGCCUUUAGUGAGUGUUGUGUCCCCUGACAGACCUAUUCCGCUCUUCAUUGACAAAUGUAUCCGGUACAUUGAGGCAACAGGCCUGACCACAGAGGGUCUCUUUAGGGUGAGCGGCAACAAAUCAGAGAUGGAGAGCAUGCAAAGGCAGUUUGAACAGGAUCACUGUCUGGAUCUGGUAGAGAAGGACUUCACUGUGAACACGGUGGCUGGAGCACUGAAGGCCUUUUUCUCUGAGCUGCCUGAUCCUUUGAUUCCCUACAGCCUACAGACGGAGAUGGUGGAGGCCUUCAAAAUCAAUGAUCGAGAGCAGAGACUACACACCAUGAAGGAUGUGCUGAGAAGGUUUCCCCGGGAGAACUAUGACGUCUUUAGACACGUCAUGAGCCACUUGAACAAGGUGAGUCAGUGGAACCGUGUGAACCUGAUGACCAGUGAGAACCUGGCCAUCUGCUUCUGGCCCACGCUCAUGCGGCCUGACUUCACCACUAUGGAUGCGCUGACCGCCACGCGCACGUACCAGACAAUCAUCGAGAACUUCAUCUACCAGUGCGCUUUCUUCUUCUACAACCAGCCCCCGGCCGAGUCGCCUACUGGCCUCUUCGGGCCCCCCGGGCCCAUGGUGCCCUCCUGUCUGCCUCCAUCGCCCUCAGCAGCACCCCCUUGUGGCCCGCCGAUGCACCACUACAUGCCCCUGCUGCAGUCUCCUCCCCACUCGCCCCCGCAGAGCCCCCAUCCCACCCCGUCCGAGCCACAGACGCUGUGAGAGACAAACACACACAAACACACAAACACACACACAAACACAUGUCCACACACAAACUCACACACAUUCAUACACACAUCUCUUAGCACUCAAGCUCUUGAGCAUUUGAUGCCUGGAAGCUGCACUUACAGCCACACUCAGAUUACUCCCACAAACACGAAUGCAUACAGUCACAUUCAUACACACACACACACACACACACACACACCCUUAGACACUAAACAUCUUCCUGCCGACCACAUGCUACUGUUGUUUGCUCAGACGCAUGUUGUGUAUGUGUGUAUGAGACAGAGAGCCGUGUCCUUAUGGUCUUAACUACUGUUGGGAGUUAGUGUAUGAUUGUAGUCAUACGCACAUUGCACAUUGUUAAACUCUACGCUUAAAAGUGCUGUAAACUAUUGGAAUGAGAGACACACAGCUGCACACUUCCUAAAUGAUCUGUGAGAUGAUGCCAGUCGGGAUGUCCAUGACAGUCCCUAGGCCCAGGUGGAUCUCUGUCAGGACAGGUGUCAGUACAGAGUUCUGUUCUAGAGGCUUGUAGAGUGCGUUUGGAGCGGUGGUCUCCUAAACCAAUGAGUAUCCGCUUUAAAUGAAGUCUUUCCUCACCACAACCACUCCCCCCCCCCCCUUCCACACACACUUGGAAACUUCACUUAGGGAUAUGUGAAGCACUUAGGAAAUGUUCCGACCCCCAUUCCCUCUAGUCCAUCCCAUUAAUGCUAGCUCUCCCCGUGAGAAAGUGAAGUGUUGUGGAGAUGACGAAGAAGAACAAGAAAGAAAAAAAAAAGAAAAAAGAAACACGACCUGCUGAAUGCCUUUCGUCAGGAGGUCUCUUUUGUUUUCGUUUCUCUGCUUCUCUGAUUGGAUGGCUCAUUAGUGUCCCCUCAAAGAAAUUAAUCCAAUCACUGUCCACCAUGGACCUACCACAGACUAACCACUGAGUACCUGACUUUAAGAAAAACAAUUACUAUGUAUUUGCUCCCCUUUCCAGUCUCUCCUUCUGCUGUGGCCCUAAGGUAUGUCCACUAAAAACUGGCUGUGAAGGGUACCCCCCCCCCCCCCCCCCACCCCCCACCUUAACCUGCAGACUUCAAAGGACUGCAUUGUAUCGCCAUUGAUUUGACGAGCUGAGCCCGCGUGAAGGGCGAGGGGGGAAUGUCAUUUCAUGAAGACUUCUUUUUUUUUAAAGUUGGUCUCCGAUUCUCCCGACCUGUCCUCUGCUCAACGUCAAUUAAGCAUUGUUCACUCGGAACCCCCUCUUCCUCUGAAUGCUGGGUUGUCAGUGGAUUCUUUGGUUGUUGUGGUUUUGGGGGAAGGAGGGGGGAGUGCUGUUUGUCAUUAAGGGAGGGGGGGGGGGGGCACAGGUCCAGGGAUGCACUUUAAUUUUUAGUGGGAGCGGUUGGUGUUCACUUUAGCUUCUCUAGUCCUCUAAAUGUUUUUUUUCUUCUUCUGUAAAGCCCUACCUGUGUGCCCGAAACCUUAACUCUCUUAAGUCCAAACAGUCAACAGACAACCAGAAAUCUGACUACUGAAAACCUGCUCUCUCUCUCUCUCUCUCUCUCUCUCUCUCUCUCUCUCUCUCUCUCUCUCUCUCUCGCUCUCGCUCUCGCUCUCUCUCUCUCUCUCUCUCUGUCCACCCUUACUAAUGUUAAGCACUUUGAAUUUUUAGCUCAGUUUAUGAAACACAACACUGAAUUGCUGAUUUGAUGUAGCUCUUAUGUGUGGCCAUUAGGUCAGUUUUCUCUCCAUUUGAAGGAUGUCUUGUCAAAAGCUGUGGGUUGUAAAAACCCAUUGUGACUAGAAGAAAAAUCACAAGGCUUGGUGAUGAACGAACAGAUAAACACGCUACAUGUACUGAGACCUGCUGGACACUGUUUAUAUUUAUAAUAAUAUUUGCUGCGUUUGACUGAACGCUGGUCACAGUAAAUGGUGGUGGAAAUGGGAGCAAAAGAAAAAAAAACAGUAACAUUCUGACAUUUUAAUGUUCCAACUCAUGCACAGAAAAAAUAAAUGGCCAGUCGCAUGUUGGUGGUAUUUUGCCCCAUUCUAUUGUUAAUACGAGUUCUUUGUCAAAUUCAGAGAUUUUGUAAUAUUACAAUUUUGAUGAAAGCUACCGGAUGUUGUCCUGCAGUGGAUGGAAAGGCAGACCUGGAUUGUAAAUGCAUAUUUAAUCAUAUGUAGCUCCCGCAGUCACUCUGACUUUCGGACGCUGAAGAACUACUCCAAUCGUACAUUUACUCUGUAGAUGACUAGUUUAAAACUGACUCCAUUUGAACCACAGGCAGAACAGCAGUUCUGUAGAUUAUUCUCGAAUGUGUCACCUGACCUACUCUGACCUGUGCAGAACCAUCUUGAAGAGCUGUUUGUGUUCCACCAAGCCUGUAGAUAACACAGGGUACUGUCAUGUGAAACCUAAUAUUUGAACUCUAAACAGGCUUGCUGGACUUGAUGGGAUUUGAGUGUUUGUUUUUAUUUGAUUUUUAUUUGAUUUUUUCUCCACUCUAGACUUUAUUGUGAAAGUGAGGGUGGUAUGGGUGGGUUAUCCUGUGUCUCAUGUAGUAGCACUCUAGAUUCUAUGCCUCUGAAUGCCUGUAAUAUUAUGAAAUGUAUUUUUAACCUCUGACCUUUGACACAGUUAGCGUGUGCUGGAGUUCUUGAAUGGCUCUCUCUGGGCUGUGAUGGGUCACACCCAUGUGUUGUUCCCCCGGACCAAAGCAGGGGGUAUUGCAGGGGGUGCAGGGGGUAUUGGGUGCACUCCAGAUCCAGCCCCCUGACGUGUCUCAGAUGUGGUGACUUUGAUUCUGAACCCACUGUAAGCAGUGUCCCAUGUUUGCCUUCGCUCCUCUUUUCACUGUUUUGCUCUGUUGAGGAUGGAGUGAGUGGGAUUUGCUGACUAGUGUAGCUUUGGUGUCUUCAUCGUCUCUGCCCGUACUGAGAAUCCUGAAAGUCAACGCUUUGCCACACAGGCCCAACAACCUCCGGUGGUCCCAUUAUCCUGAAGUAGAUUGUUGCAUUAAGAAUUUUGGAAGAGGUCAUCAGAGAGGUGAAAGUACUUUUACACUACCAGUGGGCUUAAGACACUGUCCCAACACCAUCCCACUGCUGUGUGCAACUGCAGUUUAUUGAGCCAGUUUGAAGUAGUCAUAACAGGAAUUAUUUCCCCUAUCUGAGAGGGAGGUGAGAGAGGGGUUUCAACUGCAAAGUAACAUUGAAUAAAUAUUUGCUGCCCCCUUUUGGUCAAUGUACAAACAGCAGGUCCAGGUACGAGAUUUAUGACUGCAUGUUAUGACGCUUGUUUGAUGGAAUUAUCUGUUGAGGAGGCAUGGAUGGGACCAGUGUGGAUUCAGAGGUUUUGGAAACAACUGUAGUGGGUUGUGCUGAUGUCUGCUUAGAUCCAAGUCAUUCUGUUCUGCCAUUGUGGAGCAGUUAGGAAAUGUGUCCUCAGGCCAGUAGGGGGCAAACAAUCAUUACAGUUGAAAUGUGUCCUGUGGAGAAACUCCCAUAUGUGCUGCCACCACCAUGAUGCUUACGUUGUGAUCUGUAUAAAAGACAUGUAGGGGCCUUUCUGAGAAGUAUCCUUAAACCUGGAUUAAGAGAUAAAAAGGAGCCCACUCAGUCUCCAUAGUGAGUCCGUAGUAGCUGUUAAAGUGUGCUAAACUCAACUGUCAGGAGAGCACAGUUCGAGUACCACGUCCUUAUGUCAUUCCACUGUCAAAAAACACAUUUCAUUUGGCCCCAAUGAGUCCGUCAGGCAUGCUUUGCCACACCUAACAUUCCAGACCCUUAGUUCUUAUAACUCUGCUUGUGUAGUGCUUGUGCCUAACAGACACUGUCGAGGUGCUUCUCACUGUGUGCUAAAGUCUUUGCUGUACCCUCACGUUUGGGCACCAGUGACCAUCUGACCUUUUCAAUGGCGGAAAGGCAGGCUUUCCCCUGACCUGCCGCGCAAAUGAAAUGCAGUAACGCUUUCCCCUCAUACCAUGUGUCUGCAUGGUAUGCUUGUCAUAGCAAGAGAUUUUUUGUCAUUCUAUUAUUAAAAAAAAAAAUUAAAAAAAACACUCACCCUUUUCCCUCUGUCCAUCCCCUAAUGCUAAACUGCCCUCCUCUCAGACACAAGUGGUAGACAUGGUGAGAUACAUGCCCCUGAAAACCUGCUGGGUUUCCACGGUUAUUGGCCUUCGAAAAAGAAGUGUGUUGUCCCAUGUAAACACACACAAGGGAGGUGAGCUGCUACUCCUUGAUUUCCAUGAAGUUGCGGUGCAGUCAUGGCUGUCGUGGCUACAUCGCCUUGCUUCUGUUUCCUUAUUUCUUUUGCGACAAUUGUGAUGGACUGUCUGUCUAAUGAAUUACAAACAUGUUCAAAUGGUUGUUUACUUGUAUGUUAGGGUCUAACACUUUGCCUUUUUAGUCAAUGGUGAUAGAAAGCGUUUCUUUUAUGGUUUCUUUUCAUGAUUUUUUUUUUUUUUUUUUUUUUUUUUUAAAAGGUCAGUUUUUUACCAAUUUUUGUGAAUGAUGUUAAGGCCAAUUCAGUAUAGUGCAUGAAUCGAAAAACCCAAAUGAGGGAAAAAGGUUUGCCACUCUCAGUAUUUAAAGAAAUGAAAUUAAGAAAAAAAAACUAUUUAAAGAUGUAAAUGGAUCGAAAUGAAAAGAUACAUGAACUGUGAAAUUCUGUUCUCUGUCUGAAUGGAUGACAAACAUGAAGGCCUCACAGAAACUGUAUCAUAGUUAAUAAAUCAAUCAUGUAAAACCUAA